UGUGUCGCGUGUGCAGCGUAACUGGAAAGCUGUGCUGUUAUCUUAUCAGCAAAGAAACGGUUGUCCAUGCCCUUCUGCCUUUGUGCUGCAAGAGACUGUGUAUGACUGAAGUGAAAACUUGGAAGACCAAAUUUAACAAAUAUCAGCCUCACCAUAAUGAGCCACUUAAGUACACCGACGCUCGAAUCGUGCGUUCCGCUGCCGUUGGAUGACGUACUGCUCACCGAUGUGAUCGAGAAGGCGAAAGAUUGGGCCAUAAUGCACGGGGCUGCGAUGCGUUCGAAGCAAAACUUUAAUCCGGAUGGAGUACAGUUCGCUCCGUUCAUUCUAACACCGUCCUCGUUUCCGCGUGUGGAAUUCCUGAAAGCAGUCCGUCUGCAGCCGCUGUUGAACGAACUGAUCCAUGCCGUCGCGCACGAUAGCAAAUUUUUACUCGACACUCUUAAAUCGACGGAACAAGUGGACGAGUUCACUCGUGAGUUGAUCAGUAUUUAUCGGAAGGUGCUGGCGGAAGGGAUUACGCAGCCGCUUAGCCUUGGGUUGCUUCGAUCGGACUUGAUGCUGGAGACACGGUGCGACAACGAAUGCCGGGAACGACUGCGACCGUUUAACGCUUACUGCUGCUGGAAGCAGGUGGAGAUUAACACGAUCGCGUCCGGUUUCGGCCAUCUAGGACCCUCAAGCAAGCUCGCACUGCUCCGGUCCGACUAUUUGCCCAACUUAUCUGAAGCUAUCAAGCAGGUGGAGAUAAAUACGAUCGCCUCCAGCUUUGGUGGCAUUUCCACCAACAUAAAACCGAUGCAUAGCUACGUUCUCAGCGAGCUUGGCUACCAGGAUAAAGUAGCGAAUUUACCCGAAAACAUGGCCCUGUCGGGAUUAUGCGAUGCAAUGGUGGAAGCCUGGAAACUGCAGAACUGCCCGACAUCACACAUUCUAUUCGUUGUCGAAAACGUCACGUACAACAUCUGCGAUCAGCGCCUUCACGAAUUUUACAUUCGAGAAAAGUACCCCCAUGUAGGCGUUGUCCGACGUACGCUAACUCAAAUACACCAAGAGGCCACGUUGGGUCCGUGCGGUCAACUGUUAACUGACGGUCUGCGAGAAGCGAGCGUCGUGUAUUUUCGAGCGGGCUACGAACCGGGACACUAUCCGAGUGGUAACGAGUGGAGUGCUCGGCUACUGAUCGAGCGGUCGCGCGCAAUCAAGUGUCCGUCGAUUCAGUAUCACCUUGCAGGUACAAAGAAGAUUCAACAGGCGCUGGCCAAGGCAGACGUGUUACGUCGGUUUGUUAAAGAGAAAGAGAAAAUUGAAGCUAUCCGCGACAUCUUCACUGGGCUAUAUUCGCUUGAUUUCGACGACGAGGGUGAUGCAGCGGUGCGUCUCGCUCUGGACAAUCCCGAGCGAUACGUGUUGAAACCACAGAGAGAAGGUGGUGGUAACAACGUCUACGGGGCAGACAUUCCGGCUACGCUCGCGGCGAUGGAGGGCGAAGAACGCUCCGCUUGGAUAUUGAUGGAACGUAUUUUUCCGCCGAUUUCGACAGGCUAUAUGAUCCGGCCGAACGGACCCAACCCUCCGCCGUUGGUGCAACUAGUUUCCGAGCUCGGUAUUUUCGGCGCCAUUAUCGGAACCAAGGAUAAAAUACUGUACAACAAACAGGUAGGCCACAUGCUCCGUACGAAGCUUUCAACAGUCAACGAAGGCGGUGUGGCUGCCGGUCUCGGAGCUCUCGAUAGUCCAUAUUUGAUUGACUAAUGUGGUGGCAACGAGCACGAUGACACACAACGAAUGAGCGAUGUGCCUUAAAUCAAUCGAAACAUUCUGAAUCAACAAGAAUUGCGUUUAUAACCUUUCUGCUACGUGGUAGGAAAAUACUGAACCUCUUCGAGGUUUUGCAUUACAUGAACAUAAACAAGGAAAUGAAUAAAAAAG